AUGGCGGCGGCGGGACUGGCGGGGCUGGGCCCCGGCGAGGCCGCGGCGGCCGCUCAGGCGCUGUCGCUGCCCGCGGAGAGCUUCGGCAACGACCCCCGCGUGGAGCUGGCCUGGGCCAUGAAGGCGCAUCAGCACGCCGAGGUCUACUUCAACCUGAUCUCCUCCGUGGAGCCCAAGUUCCUGAAGCUCACCCAGGUGGACGAGCGGAUCUAUGAGGAAUUCCGCAGAACCUUCCGGAAUCUGCGUGUGGAUGUGCUGGACCCCGAGGAGCUGAAAUCUGAGGCAGCCAAGGAGAAGUGGCGCCCGUUCUGCCUCAGCUUCGAGGGCGUGGUGGAGGAUUUCAACUUCGGGACUCUGCUGCGCCUGGACUCGCGCGGGGAAUACUCGGAGGAAAAUUCCAUCCUGGCCACCAGGAUCCAAUUCUUGGCCAUCGAGAUCGCCCGGAACAGGGAGGGCUGCAAUGAACACGUGCACAGGAGGGGAAGAGGGCAAGGGAUGGGGGAGAGGAGCCACGGGGUGGAAUCCUGAAAUAAAUCCUGAAAAACUGCCAUGAAUCCUGAAAAAACUUUUAUAAAUCCUGAAAAACUGCAGUAAAUCCUGAAAAACCGCAUUGAAUCCUGAAAAAACUUCAAUUAUACUGAAAGGACUUUUAUAAAUCCUGGAAAACUGCAUUGAAUCCUGAAAAACUGCAGUAAAUCCUGAGAGGACUUUUAUAAAUCCUGAAAGAGUUCAAUAAAUCCUGAAAGGACUUCUGUAAAUCCUGAAAGGAUUCAAUGAAUCCUGAAAAACUGCAAUAAAUCCUGAAAAAAACUUCAAUAAAUCCUGAAAAAACUGCAAUAAAUCCUGAAAGAAUUCGAUAAAUUGUGACAGGAUUCAAUAAUCCUGAAAGAACUUUGGUAAAUCCUAAAAGGACUGCAGUAAAUGGUAAAAGAAUUUAAAUCCUAAAAGGACUUGAAUGAAUCCUGAGAGGACUUUUAUAAAUCCUGAAAGAACUUUAAUAAAUCCUAAAAUGAUUUUAAUAAAUCCUAAAAGAACUUUAAUAAAUCCUGAAUAAAUCCUAAAUUACUUCAAUAAAUCCUGAAAGAACUUUCAUAAAUCCUGAAAGAACUUUCAUAAAUCCUAAAAGAACUUUAAUAAAUCCUAAAAGACUUUGAAUAAAUCCUAAAUGAACUUUUAUAAAUCCUAAAAUGACUUUUAAAAAUCCUAAAAGGACUUCAAUCCUAAAAGAACUAGAGUAAAUCUUUAAAGGACUUACAUAAAUCCUAAAAGAACUUUAAUAAAUCCUAAAAGACCUUGAAUAAAUCCUAAAAGAACUUUUAGAAAUCCUAAAAUGACUUUAAUAAAUCCUAAAAGAACUUUAAUAAAUCCUAAAAUUACUUCUAUAAACCCAGAAAUGAAUUUAAUAAAUCCUAUAAGAACUUUAAUAAAUCCUAAAAUGAUUUUAAUAAAUCCUAAAAGUUCCCUAAGCUGUAGAUUUUUUUCCUUAUUUUAAAACCUAUUUAAGCCUAAAUACCCCAAAAACCCCCAAACCUCCCACCUGUGACCCCCCAAAACCUCAACCACAUUUCCAGUAUUUUUUUAUAAAAAAUGAAAUAAACCAAACUGCAACCCAC